AUGGCUGACAACGAAUCUACGGGACUUCUAAAUGCCGUAUCGAACAGAAAUGGCACCAUAGACAGGUCACUUGCAGACGACAUUAUCGAAGAAGCCGCUCUUCAUCGCCAUGACGUUCAUCCGAAGAAUCUUACUCGCACGUACUCCGAUGCUAUUGAUGAUUCAGACGAGUCAGAGGAUCUCCGGUGGUUGAGAGAGCAAAGGGUCAAGAACCUGGACUUACCCUGGUUCAAAAGACCGAGUGUGACACUGUUAUCUGCGUUUGCUUUCAUUUUUACAUUUGCUAUGGCAUCGGGGUUUUCUGCCCAAUUGAAUAUUUUGUUAAGCAAAAUCUGCUUUGCCAUCCAAAGCCAUGUUGAUUCAAACCCUGAAGGCUCAAAGGUAUUUUUUAUCUCGUUGGAGGUAGACGGUAAGUGCGAUCCGGCCAAGGUCCAGAAAGUUGUUUCGAUGCUCCAAACAGCUACGCAACUGGUCUCUGGAUUCAUUCCAACUGUUCUGUCAGGGACUCUAGGAAGACUCUCCGAUAGAUAUGGAAGGCGUCCAUUGUUUAUCGCUAAUGCGUUCUUCUGUUUGGCCAGUAAAUUUUUCACGACUUUCACAUUGCUGCCCAGCACGCCUUUCAUGCCAUGGCUGUAUGUGUUUGCUCAAUCGACUGAAUGUAUCGGUGGAGGAUUGUUUUUUCUGAUGGCUCUUUGCAACAGUUAUGUAACUGAUGUGGUUGAACCCGACCUACGCAUCUCGUCAAUGGGAUCGACUCUGGCGCUGACGUAUCUGGGGCUGUCGGCGGGUCCGUUGGUGGGCUCAUUCAUCUCCAAGGCGUUUGCCGAUGGAGGAUGGCACCAAAUGUACUUUGCAAUUUCCAUGUCCGUUUUGGUUUUUUGUCUUGCAUUGGCAAUGCCAGAGUCCCGUUCUAGUAUGGCCCGCAGCAAGUCGCGUUCUCAGUCGGUUGUGUCGAAUCGCGCUCGUGAGGUCAGACUCGCCAUGGCCUCUUCUCAUCACGACUACCUCAGGGAACUUCGAAGCUCUGUGGUGGAACUCUUUUCACCUCUGAAGUUGCUAUGGAUAUCUAGACGUCUCCCCGAUGGUCGUAUCGAUCUUGUGGCUCGUGUCAACGUUCUGAUCCUUGUCGCUCUCGAUUGCAUCAUCACCCUCUGCUCCGUGGCUUUUACACCUCUCAUGAUCCUGUACGGCACCUUCAGGUUCAACUGGACCUCUGUGGAGAUGGGUUACCUUCUCACGCUUUCUAUGGCAGCUAAAUCCUUCUCGCUGUUGGCUUUUUCCCCUGCUUGCGUUUCCUAUCUCAAACGUCGUUUCGUGGUGGAGGUCCAUUCUGUUGACAAUCUAGAUAGAACCAUGAUAGUGUGGUUCUUGCUUUUCGAAAUUGGUGGGUCCUUGUUGUUGCUACUGGCUGGGUCUUCGUUUGUCUUCAUGCUUUCUAGUGGAAUUUCCGGCCUUGGAUCCGCUGUUACUCCGGCUCUCCAUUCGUCGUUGGUCAAACAUUGUUCUCAAGAGCGCACUGGUGAGGUUUUUGGUGCAAUUGCGUUGUACAAGAGUCUAUUGGUGCUGACGAUUCCGCCGUUGCUCAACUUUAUUUAUUAUAGAACUGUUGAGACGCAUGCUGCUGUUUGUUUCUAUAUUCAGAGUGUGCUUUUCAUAACUGUUUUUGCGAUGUCGUUUUUGCUGAGGACUGAGAAGGAGGUGGAGUUCGACGAAUAA